UCAACUACAGCACACAACCAAAUCCUCCCUCCAGAGAGUCCAGACAAACAUCAUGGAUUUCUCUUCAAAUUUUAUAGCAAUUCUAGGAGUUGUAGCUGUACUCCUACUCUAUAAGCAAUGGAGGGCAAGGAAACAUAGCAGUAAGGGGCACCCUUUACCCCCACAAGUGCCUGGUGCCCUGCCAAUUAUAGGUCACCUUCAUAAGCUUGGUGCCCGGAAACCAUUGGCCCGAAUCUUGGGUGAUAUAGCUGAUAAACAUGGCCCUAUCUUCUCCAUCAUGAUGGGGAUUCACCGCACAGUGGUGGUCAGCGAUCAACAUAUACUGAAAGAGUUUUAUACAACAAACGACAAGUUCUUAGCUUCACGCCCGCUAUCAAGACAAACAAAGUACCUAGCCUACAACGGUGCAGUCUUUGGUUUCACGCCUUACAGUUCCUAUUGGCGCGACGUGCGUAAGCUCACCACCGUCGAGGUCCUCUCCCCACACAGGCUGAAGUCGUUCAAGGAUGUUCGAACAUCUGAAGUGAGUCAUGUGGUCAAGGAUUUGUUCAGGAAUUUCAAAGAAAACAAGAACAAUCCAAUCAAGGUUAACAUGAGCGAAUUGUUUGAUCAUUUGGUGCUGAAUAUAAUUACAAUAAUGGUGGCCGGGAAGCGAUACUUCGAAGGUGAAAAUAAUGGACAUGGUGAAAAGGGACGUCCCAUUGGACAAGUCAUGAGGGAGUUCACGCAUGCUGCCGGUGCUUUUGUUCCUUCAGACAUGAUUCCGUUUCUAGGAUGGACAGAUUUUUUCGGUCCUGUCAAAUCUAUGAAGAAGGUUAUGAAGGAAUUGGAUUCCAUUUUCGAAGUUUGGGUUCAAGAACAUGAGUUGAGAAGGCUCAAUGGUGAGGUAGAGACCCCACGGGAUUUCAUAGAUGUUUUGCUCACCGCAAUUGAGGACGAUUCCGUGUUCGGCAAUUCCCGGGAAACUGUUAUCAAAGCGAUAAUACUGAGUCUUAUUGUCGGUGGGGCCGAUUCAACAUCCAUCACUCUGACAUGGAUAUUGGCCAAUUUGUUGAACCACAGGAGAGAAUUGGAGCUUGCCCAAAAGGAAAUAGAUGAGAAAAUUGGGAGGGACAGACCAGUGGAAGAAUCCGACACUGAAAACUUAGUCUACCUCAAAGCAAUCAUAAAAGAAACACUAAGAUUAUUCCCAGCAGGACCCCUGGCAGUUCCUCGCGAGGCAAUGGAAGAUUGCACCCUUUCCGGAUAUCAUAUUCCGAAGGGUACUCGUCUUUUCAUAAAUUUGUGGAAGUUGCACCGUGACCCGAGUGCAUGGCCGAAUCCUGAGGAGUUCAAGCCCGAUAGAUUUUUGACAACCCAUGCAGAUGUCGAUGUUUUAGGUCAGAAUUUCGAGCUCGUCCCAUUUAGUUCAGGGAGAAGGUCCUGUCCAGGCAUCAACUUUGCUAUGCAAGUGAUACUACUUGGAAUGGCGAGGCUGCUUCAAGGAUUUAACUUCUCAACCCCAAACAAUGAACCUGUGGACAUGACUGAGAGUUUAAACAUAUCCUUAGACAAGGAAACUCCUCUGGUAGUUAUGAUCACCCCACGUCUCGCUCCUGAGUUUUAUCAAUAUUAAGCUAGAAUAGCAUAAUAAUAUGGUUUGAUGAUUAUUUAGGGCAUAUCUUGUUGUUGCCCUAAAUAUCAAUCUCCAAUUUUCAAUUUCCAUUUCAAAAAAAAAAAGUUAUAUCUUGUUGUUGUUAUACAAAAUAAAGAAUAAAGAUACGUAUUAUAUUA